ACAAAUAUGAAGGACUCAGAAAACCUUGUGGUUGUCCAAGUACCUCGUGGAUCACCAGAGUAUCAAACAGUCAUUGACAGAUUUCAAGGGGAAUUGCAGACAAGUAACAUAAAAAGCGAUAUCAUUAAAUUGGAGAGAAUUCAGAACAAGAUGUUGUACCAGCAGUAUGUUGCAAAAAAGAAGUUGUUGGAUUCCCAGAAUCCUUCUGGAACACAGAAUGAGAGAGAACUGUGGCAUGGAACUGACCCAAAGGCAGUCAACAGUAUCAACUCUCUUGGCUUCAACAGGAGCUACAGUGGGAUGAAUGCUGCUGUCCAUGGAAAUGGCGUUUAUUUUGCCGUGGAUGCAGAGUACUCAGCUCGUGAAACUUACUCUAAGCCUGAUCCGAAUGGACACAAAAGAAUUUAUUUAUGCAAAGUCCUCACAGGGGAGUAUACGCUUGGAAAAAAGGACAUGCGAGUACCGCCAGCCAAGGAUGCUCAGCAUCCACACAUAUUAUAUGAUUCUGUGGUAUAUCCUUUACAAGAUCCUGAAAUGUACAUCAUUUUUAAUGAUACACAGGGAUAUCCAUCAUACCUGAUUACUUUUGUUAAAAAUAAUUAACUGAAAGAAUUUUGAAGGACAAAUUAAAUACAAUGGAAUCUGUCGAAUAAUUAAAUAGGAGUUAUGCUCCUAGUAUCGUAUAUUGAAAAUAAUUGUCAUGCCAUGUAAAUUGAUUAAUUUAUUAAGUGGAUAUUUAAAUUGUUUUAAAAUCACAAGAUUUAUUUAUUGGGAACUUUGAGGUACGUGUGCCUUUCGCAUAUGCUCUUAUUUUUUUCUUUAGAAAAGAAUCUUAUUCGUGGUUUAAUUUUUCAUUUGAUGGUUUUUCAAUUAAGCGUUUUUAACGAGAAUUUGAUGAAUAAUUG